AUGCCACACGCGCUCUCGUUGCCAGCUCCUGGGUUCCAGGCCAUUAUUCUUUGCGGGCCUGGAUCCUCAUUUCCUACCUUCACCGCUAAUCCUGACGAGAACCCGAAAGCCCUCAUCCCAAUCGCGAACCGGCCGAUGGUCUGGUAUCCGAUAGAUUUCUGCUACCGUAUGGGUGUUACAAAUAUCACCUUGAUCGCACCUCCAUCUUCCGCUCCGGCGAUCACUACUGCACUCAACACAGAUCCCCACCUAACAAGCCUUCCUCUACCAAAGCCUUAUCUUUUAUCACCGAAGAAUCUAGACCAGAACACAGGCACGGCGCAAAUCUUCCGCCUUCCGGAAGUCAGGGAGAUAGUGACAGGCGACUUCAUCGUCUUACCUUGUGAUCUUGUCUGUGAGCUGGGCGGCGAGUCAUUACUGGAAUCAUGGAUGGUCAAAGAAGCAAGUCUCGGGGGAGCCACUGGUGGAGGUCUUGAGUUUAGAGGUCCAAAGACGGCGCUGGGUGGUGAACGAGGCGGACGGAGAGGAGGUUUGGGAGUCUGGUACGAAACCAAGGGCGAGACGAUCAUCAAAGGUGAAGAAACAGACUUUAUUGCAACAGUCCCAAUCGAAGGGGGUCCCGUGCCACCAUCAAAAUCUUCACUGCUCAACAAUAUCUCAAAAUUAGUCUACUCGGUACCAACAGACACCCUAAACGAUAUCACUGAAGAUAAGAAGAGCUUGCCAAUUAGACACGGCCUGAUCCGUGAACAUCCUAGAAUCAGAAUGCUGAGUUCACAUCGGGAUGCGCAUAUCUACAUAUUUCCUGCAUGGAUUCUAGACAUGAUCAAUGCGAACGAACAUAUGGACAGCAUUGGCGAGGAUGUGAUCGGAUGGUGGGCAAAGGCAGGCUGGCAAGAAGGGCUCGGUGACAAACUUGGAUUACGAGAAGUUCUAUCUGUUCAAGCACCUACAGAUACUGAUGACAGUUUACUGGACAACAAUCCCGCCCACGACGACAUUGACUUCAGCAGUCUCAGCACAACGUUUACCUCCAACCUCCGGUCAACCGAGACAUCAGGAAAGGAGAAGUUAGCCGUCCCGCCAGUUCUUGCAUACGUUCAGCCGAAGGGUAGUAAGAUGAUCAGAAGAGUCGACACCGCACCUCUACUGCUAUUCGUCUCUCUCCAACUCGCGAAGCUCGAAGCGAUUGAUGCCGUUGGCCGCGAUACCUCAUCUCCUUUUGCACACCAAGCCAAAGUCGCCUAUCCAGAAGGAAUCGCGUCCAAGACAACAGUUACUCGACCCGACUGCCUCCUCGCCGAGAACGUAACAGUAGAAGAAAAAUGCUCGAUCAAAGAAUGUGUUAUCGGAGCCAACUGCCAGAUCAAGCAAGGCGCAAAACUACAACGAUGUGUGUUGAUGGAUGGGGUCGUCGUUGAGAGGGGGUGUAAGCUUACUGGUUGUAUUCUUGGGAGACGGUCGCAGAUUGGAGAAGAGAGUGUGUUGUUGGAUUGUGAGGUGCAAGAGAAUUUGCUGGUUGAGGCGAGGACGGAGGAUAAGAAUAGCAAGCUCAUGUCCUCGGAAGGAAUGGAGGCCACAGAAGAAGAAAUCCAGGAAUCGUUUGCCGACGAAGAAUGUUGCGACGCAAAGGAAGCCGAUGAAUCGCAAGGCAUCUCACUCGCCAGAUAG